CAUUUUUGAUGUGCACAUUUUAAUAGAUGACGGGGUAUAUAUAUUUUCAGAUAAAAAUGGCAGCAACUGUAAAGAUGUUGGUGUUUAUUUCAUUAUUGGUCCAACCAUGUGCCCUCUCUAACGACACCACGCAAUGGGCAUUCAACAUGACAGAACACAUACUAAAUAAAACCCAUCAAAUGUUGAUCAUGGAUCAGCUGUUAUACUGUACCUCCCAGCGUCUGUGUAGUAUAGGAAAUGUAAAGGAAAAUAGAAGCACUCUAAGUUGCUGUGUACCCUGUUCCUGUGAGGAUACAUGUGUGAUAACAGGAAGUUGUUGUAUAGACAAAGCACUAGCAGGGGAUAGUUUAGAUGUUCUAUAUCAAAAAGGAAGUUCUUGUGUUCUAUCGCAACUUAAACCUUUUGAAGAAAACGGACUGAACACAAUGGAUCAUUACCUGAUGAUAGGCGAUUGUCAGAAAACGUUUGUGGAUGAGAACAUAGCCAGAAAGUGCCGUAGUGGAAACGUUACGCCGACAGAUGUGACAAAUUAUCUGCCUGUUUCCUCUGUAAGAACAAACGAGACUUAUCGUAACAGGUACUGUGGAUACUGUAACUGGGAACAUGACAAGGACUUGAUCAAUUGGAAAACAAGUUUUAGCUGUCGGGGAAGUCAGUUUGUGUUUCCACAUCAAGCCAGAGAGUUGUUCAGUUUCAUUAUUAACGAAGAUGGCUGCAAUUUAUUUUACCACCCUCCAGAUGUUCCCGUUCCAUUUCCCUGUGAAGAUGAAACCUAUAUGUAUACAGAGUGUAACGUCACUGGUCUCUGGACAGAAUAUAACCGUGACAUAGACUGGGCGUGUAGACACUAUCGAAAUACCUAUGAAUAUGCUGAUACAUAUUACAAGAACGUCUUCUGCUAUAUUUGUAACACUAAUGCUUCAAUAAUCCCCUCAUGCGUAUUUGGAUAUACAAUUGCGGGAGGUGGGCGAGGAGGCGGAAUUAACCUAGGUUUAACAUCGUUUGCAGCAUUGUUUAAUUUCAUACAGGAUUCUUCAACUGUGCAAGCAAAGGACACCACCCAAGUAUGCGCCCCGAAUUUCCUUUUUGACACUUACAAGAACAUUUGCCGCGAGAUCACCUGCUCACCACCGUUCAGAUACAGCAAUGGAGUGUGUGAAAAUGCCUUCAGCAAUGUAGCUUCGCAGAGAUACGAGAUGUUCCUUAGAUUCAAUACAUUGCCAUCCUACCAUACGAAUUGUGACCUGUGUCUUCGCCUUACACCUCGUCUGAUCCAGGAAUAUGUGAAAACGCACUUGAUACUUAUUGGUUAUUAUAAAUAUGUCUGUGGUUUAACUGUCCUGUUUCCUAGUAACAACUGUUCCAGUGAGACAAUAAUCAAUACAGACUAUCUAGUCAUUCACGUGGAACUCUUUGUGCAAGAUUACCACGAUCCCAAGGAAGUAGCAGAGAACCUUCUGGAUACAUCUGCGCUCCAUAUUGAAUCCGGAACCAAUACAGGACCUUUGCUUUGUACUGACUUAAAACCGGAAGUAGUUGGCGGUAAUUUUUAUGAGUUCGAAUCUAGUUCCAACAAAUUUAGGAUAGUAUUUCCGCUAGACAGACAAUACAGAGAUCCUUCAAAUGGAGAUAAAAUGAAUAUUGAAACUUAUGAUGAAAUUAGCUAUUGUCCUUUCAAACCGUGGGUAUCACGGUUGGUACCAACCUUUUUAUGUCCACAUGUGAACAUAUCUCUGAAUGAUUAUAAUGUAACACGUCACUCUAACAAGGUGUGCUUUGAUAUGCAUAACUCCUGUUUUCAGCCAGAAAAAUGCAUCUUCUCUGACGAUAUGUCGUCUGUCCUGAUUUGUGCAGAUACAUUUUUUGCAUCUCAUUUGCCAGAUAACAUUGUUUCACGUGAAGAAGAUUUAGGUAAAGUAUUAGUGUCUCUCGUGUGUUCAAGUUUGUCAGUUAUAUGUCUUAUCGUAACUAUGGUAACGUAUAUUCUGUUUCCAGUUUUAAGGACACUUCCUGGACUUUUCACAAUGGCUUUGUGCGCAACACUGACUGUCGCUCAUGUCCUGUUUACCUUUGGAGCCGGUGCUGUCAAGAUCGGUUUCUUGUGUGAAGUAUUUGGAAUUACAAUCCAUUUGACAAUGUUAGCAAGUGUAUUUAUCAUGAACGUAUGUUCAAUACAUAUGUUCCGCGUAUUUAAUCAUUUAGACAGGCAAUACGUUUUGACAGAGGAAGAAAAAAGACGCCAUUUUGUAAUAUCUCUUGUUUACAGUUACGGCGGCAGCGCAUUAUUCGUCCUGGGUCGAAGUGUGUACAGCGUCGUAACUAACGGAAGGUCUGGUUACGGAAUCCGGAUAUGUUUUAUUAACGACACGAAUGCUCUAUUGUAUAGUUUCACACUACCGGUUAUGGUACUCGUUGUAGCAAAUAUUGUAAUGUUCUGUAUUGUAAUAGUUAAAGUCAGCCAGCUUCCGGAUAUGUCCAGGUCCUCAACCUGUCGCCAUCACUCGAAACGAUUUUUAAUUUAUGUAAAGCUUUCAACUCUGACAGGAGUGGCCUGGCUGUUUGGUUUUAUUGCUGAAAUUUUCAAUCAGGAUGUUUUUGUAUAUCUAUUUAUCGUUUUGCUCGCUGGACAAGGCGUGUUCAUCAUGCUCUCGUUUGUAUGCAAUAAGAGGGUUUACGAACUCUAUAUUGCAUACAAGAAAAGGGGCAUUAAUUCAUCGAGAGGUCAUACAAUAUUAGACCCUACUUUAUCUAACAGUUCUGUUUCUCAGUCCAGAAAUCCCCAUACAAAAGAUACAACAUUAACCGAGGUUGGACAUGAUAAAAGUUGUCUUACUGUGCAAGAUAAUCACCCUCUCGAAUUGAGCUCGCGUCUCUGAAUAAGUACUUUAUUAUGAUUAUAUAUAUAAUUAUUGUUCAAUCAAACCAAAUUUCAUCAACAUAUUAUGAAUACUUUCAUGCCUCUGUAUAUUCUCGCAUGCACAUUUUAUAACAUGCAUUGUUGAUCUUAUCAACUAUUAUAUUAUAUAUAUCUGUAUACCACUGUUUGUAACAGCGUUCAUAUUAUAAUAACUGAAAUUAAAUGGUACGCCUUUAUUAACUCAAGCAAGCGAUCAAGAUAAUCCAUCCAAAUUACCUACAUUUGUAAGCUGGUUAUUACAAAUGUAUUUUCUGGUAAAGUGGAUACGACUGUUAUUAGUGUGUAAACCACAAGACAUCAACCCUUUUGUGAUUAUAUAAAAUUCAGCAUUUUAAAGUGUGUUUUCUAGAUAGAAAAUCUACAAUUCUAUGAAUUAGUGUAGUAUUUACCAAAUCAUGUUGAUAUCAUUUAUGUUACCUAUUGAUCUUAGUAAUAAAACUUUGUGUAUAUUUUA